CUAAAUGCUGCAGUAAUGUGUGGGAUUUGUAGCAGAGCACAGUUGUAAAUAAAGAGUUUAUUGUAGCAUACUUAUUAUAACUCAAUGUUAUCUUUCUUUUUUAGCAUUGGCUAGUAGAAAAGUGACAAAAGUGAUGUUUCAUAGCAGAGUUGCUGAUCUACUCACUGUGACAGAUUAAGAAACUCAUUAAGGAGGGCUACAGUGUCAACAACCUGCUUCUCCUCCACAGUUAGAUUAGCUAGAUGAGGUAGUUUUGAAUCCCUCCUCACAUGUCCAACUUUUAGUGUCACUGGCUAAACUUAAAACUAUUGUAGUUAGUGCUGAGGGAGCUGGUGGGAAAAAGUGCACAUGGGAGAAGUUUGCCUUCAGGGGUUUCUGACAGGAAGGCUUUCUCACUAUCUUAUUUCCUAAACCUAACCAAGUAGUUUUUGUUGCUUAAACCUAACCAAGCAGUAAGACUUUCUGACAGAGAGCCCUAAGGGCAAACUUCUCCCGUGUUUGGGAAAAGUAUGCCUGUGCCUGCCUUGUGCUUGUCCUACUUGCUAUUUUGUCCCCUGUCCCUGACAAGGAUAAGUGAUGAAAAAAUGCAGGAAUUGACAAAAAAUCCACUGAAAAGUCCCCAACCCCAGAUGGAUAGGCCUUAUUCAAUUCGAUAAGGGUUGUAUUUUGAAAAUCUUUGCCGGAAGUUCUGUUUUUAUUCCGCAUAACUUGACAGUGGUGGGUAGAGACUGACUGUGGGCAACCUCAGACAGGUGGAGGAGAUGUCUUUAAGCAGCUGAACUGCACCGCGGUUGGACUUGAUCGAGUAGCAGGACUGGGCUGGGCUGCAGGACGAGCAGCGGUGGACGCUGUGCACGCUCGGUGCGCGGAUCCUCCUGCAGCUGCUCGAUUCACAGUAUGAUACCAAAUCCAAAACAUGGUCUGGCUGAUUUUCCCAUCCUAAGCCUUCGCACACAUGCUGGACACUUAAAUGCAGACACGGGGAGGACGAGGAAUGUAGCUGCAAUGGAUUAAUGAGGAGUAUCUACACAUGGACUUCGAUUUUUUUCCCUGAUAUUGGCUUGUAAUAUUUAUCGCCCUGCCUUGGCCAUGGAGAACCAAGCAGCCGAGCCACAGAACUAUGAAGAUGUACAGAAAAGCGGCUAUCUCCGCAAGCAUAAAUCAAUGCACCGGCGAUUCUUCGUGCUGAGGGCGGCCUCGGAGCAUGGUCCUGCUCGACUUGAGUAUUAUGAGAACGAGAAGAAAUUCCGCAGUAAAUCACCUGUGCCCAAAAAAGUCCUGAACCUGGAGACUUGCUUCAACAUCAACAAGCGGGCAGAUUCCAAGAACAAGCACAUGAUAGUCCUUUAUACCCGCAGCGAGAGCUUUGCCGUCGCUGCAGACAGUGAGGAGAUCCAAAAUGAGUGGUACCAAGCAAUGCUGGACCUUCAGUGCAACUGUAAAACUCCUGAAGACUAUGGCAGUAGUGGAGAGUGUAGCUCUCCGUCUCCUGUUCCAACCUUCAAGGAAGUAUGGCAGGUCAAGGUUUGGCCUAAAGGUCUUGGACAUGCCAGGAAUUUAGUGGGCAUCUACCGGCUGUGCCUAACUGACAAGACAGUCAACUUUGUCAAACUCAACUCUGACGUGGCAGCUGUGGUGUUACAGCUGAUGAAUGUUCGCAGGUGUGGCCAUUCAGAGAACUUUUUCUUCAUUGAGGUGGGUCGCUCAGCGAUUACCGGCCCUGGAGAGUUCUGGAUGCAGGUGGAUGACUCUGUGGUGGCUCAGAACAUGCACGAGACCCUGCUAGAGGCCAUGAAGGCCUUAAGUGAAGAGUUCCGUCAGCGCAGUAAAUCUCAGUCUGUGGGAACGUCGUGUGGAGGUGGCACUGCUUCAAAUCCCAUCAGUGUCCCGAGCCGUCGUCAUCAUCCAAAUCUGCCACCGAGCCAGGUGGGCUUCUCCAGACGAGCCCGCACAGAGACCCCUGGAACAGGAGGCAGCAGCACGAGCACUUCACCUACGUCACGCCACGGAUUUCCGAGGGCGCGAACUGCCAGCAUCGGGGCCAGGUCGGAAGAGGGUGGAGCAAGUGCCAAAGGGACAUGGGCCAGCUCCAGCCCAAGUCUUAAUGGUUCCUGCUCAACUACGCCGACACUAAGGCCCAAGCCCACCAGGGCCCCAACUCCUGCUAAGAUUACCCUCAGCCUUGCACGUUACACGCCUAACCCUGCACCCUCUCCUGCGCCGAGUCUGUCUUCCAGCUCUGGUCAUGGCUCAGAGUGUGGCCUAGUGGGGGCAGCAGUCGGAGGCAUGACAGUCUGCUCCUACCCUCGUGUUUCUCAGAGAGUUUCUGUGUCAGGUUCCCCAAGCGACUAUGGCUCCUCAGAUGAAUAUGGUUCCAGUCCUGGGGAACACUCUCUGCUUGUACCCAGUCUGUCUGGACAACAUGUACAUGGAGAAGGCUCCUCCAGCUAUAUAGUGAUGGGACAGCGAGAGAGUCUCCUUGGUUCCCAUCAUCGCUCAAAAGGCCGGCGGAUUCUGCGGCGCGCAUCCAGUAGGGAAUCUGAGGCAGAACGCAGACUACUAAGUAAGAGGGCUUCCCUGCCUUUGGCAGCCCAUGAACAACUGACCCCACAUAGAAAAGAUGAAGAUGAUGAAGAUGAUGAAGAAUAUGCCAUCAUGUCGCAGAGUGCUAACCGAGAGAGAGCUGAUUUGCACCAUGGCUCAGGGGGACUGGCAGUUGGGAGUGGGCAGCUUGAUGUAGUAGGGGAGAAUAGGAAAAGGGCUGACAAAAGCAGGGGAGAAGUGGGCGCGGGAGCAGCUGUGGAUAGUGGCUAUAUGUCAAUGUUGCCUGGAGUGACGUCUCCUCCUGUUUCACUCUCUCUCACGAUAGGUAUGUCUGACGCCAAUGCUAAGCCUGGGGCAGAUGAUGAGUAUAUGGCCAUGACCCCCAACAGCAGCGUGUCCCCCCCUCAGCACAUCCGCCAGCCCAGCUCAGAGGGCUACAUGGUCAUGUCUCCCAAUAGCAGCAGCUCCACAGACCUGCAUGGACUGAGCAUGUGGGAUAGCAGGGCCAGCAUGGAGAGCCGGUCUGCCAGUGACUACAUGAACAUCUCACCUGUUUGCAGUCGCUCUGCCUGCAGCACACCGCCUUCCCACCCCGAGCAGCACCAACUGCAACCAAAAAUGUUCAAUUCCUACUUCUCCCUGCCACGAGCUUAUCAACAUACUCUCUAUACUCGCUUUGAGGAAGACUUAAACAAAGGGGAAGGAAAAAAGGACAGCAGUGGGCACGAUAGUGGUGGAAGGGGAGGGGGAGUGGGAUACAGCAAGAGAAACAAAAUUGCAGUGGGCUCUGCAGGAGGCUGUCAGCUCUCCAUGUCUUCCUCUUCAUUCUCCUCCAGCUCAGCCAGCAGUGAAAGCCUGGAAGACAAGUCAGUAUCGGCAGGGAGAGGGUUAAGUUUAUUAAGAACUGGAGCAGAGCACAAGAGUGCAGGAACAUGCACAAAAGAUGGGCGUCCCCAUCAAAAACGUGGAUCAAGUAGUAAGAGCCCAAAGCAACAAAGGAGGGGUCGUCCCCUGAGUGUGUCUUCAGACAUUACUAAAGCAAACACCCUGCCCAGGGUGAAGGAGAAUCUGCUGCCAUCAGUAUCUCAAAACGUUGGUGAGUAUGUCAGUAUUGUGUUCAAGGAGGAAAAUAAGUAUGGCGGUGGACGACGUGCAGGGUCUAAACAUGGACAACCUGUGAUCCAUGGAACACUCCGUCCCUUGAAUCAACCACUCCUCUGCCACGAUAAUCCUGCUAACCUUCCCCGCAGCUUCUCUGCCCCAUUGUCCACCUCUGCCGAAUACGUCAGCAUGGAUUUAGGGAAGUCCUCAAUGCCCCUGACUCCUGUUAGAUCAAUAUUCAGCACCCCACAGGGCCCACCAGCUGUUGCCCCCAAGGCCCGACAUGAACACGGCACGUCUUCUCCUCUGGCAGCAGAGGGCAAUGCUGGGUACAGAACAAAAGUAAAGAUGGCAGCAAUGCAAACAGACGCUCCUACUCCUUUUAUAGACAACAAAGGUUCAGAUCCCACCAUUUCCGCAACACCUGCCAUCCACUCUGGUCAACCCUUAUCCAUGGAGCAGGAGACAGGCUUGGGCUUUUCCCCAGUCAAGUCCUUCCAGUCUCCUGAGCGGACCAGCAGACUGGUCCGAGGUGACCCACAGGGACGGCAGAGCCAUGGUCCAGAGACGUUUAACUCAUCUCCCUCCCUACCACGCCACCCACCCUCUUCUACCUCCCUCUUCCCGGAGGGCAGCCAGGCAGCGAGCCAUCGGCAUGGUUUGGAUUGCUCACUGUGGGAGAACAGGCAGGCAGGUAGUUUAUCUGCCACACCUCCACCACAAGCCUCCACCUCAUCUGCUGAACAAGGCCUUAACUAUAUUGACCUUGACCUGGCCAUUAAAGAGAGCCCUCAAGCUGGAGUGGAGCGUACCUCUGCCGCCUACAACAUCGGAGGGAGCGCUAUGGGCAGCAGUGCCGGCUCCAGCCUCAACACUUAUGCCAGUAUUGAUUUCUAUAAGUCAGAAGAACUGCGAUCACACCAGAACAGUAGAAAGGAUGGUCAAGAUUGUUGAUCUCAGUCUUGGAUCUGAGCAUGACGCCGGUGUGACAGCUCCACAGUCUGUGAGGGGCCCGUCGGCGGCCUCAUCUGUUGCCACAACAGAACUGUACACUGGAGUCUGAACAUUGAAAACCCUUGGAAUACUCAUCCCCAUCCCGUCUGCUGUUUUCUGUCAACCAAAUGUGUGCCAAACACACACACACACACACAUACACACACAUACACAGAAACACACACAGACACAGGGUAAGGAAAAGGUUUUGUUUUUGCCUUGUUUUAAAUAAAAAUGACAUUUGAUCACCAUUUAACUUAAUAUAGAUAAAGGAUGACUAUGUGAUUUUGUGUGAGUUCUCAGGUGGCCAUUAUGUUGAUCAUGGUGGCUCCAUCACACACACUCAAUCAUGCAGGCAAAAUCAUAUAUUAACAAGGCUUUCAGGGAAUCACACAAAUGGCAAGAAAUGUCCAUCUGUGUAUCUUAAUUUCAAACACAUUUGCUUGUGAUUAGUGCAUGAGCCAAUCAUUUUGAACUCUUGUAAAUCAAGGCUCAAAGUGGCAGCUGACAAAAUCUCAGCUGCAUUCUGCAGCGUUUAUUUAUUGGGUCCACUCCCAUGGCAAACUUGAAUCCUCAAGGUUUAUGUUUUUAUAUAUAGUUACAUCAUCCUUUGUCCAUAUUUGUUAAGUUAAAUGAUCAUCGAGUGUCAUUGUGACUCAAAAUAAGAAGGAAAUACAGCUUGGCAGAGGUUUCAUACACUAAUACACGCUGUCACAGUAAACAUAUUUGAUUUAUUAUAUACAGUUGCCCAAAAAAAGCCUUUACACUUCUUGACCACUUUUCUUGUGCCACUAAAGAUCUUCAAAAUGUGCUUAAUUUCUGAGGUAUUAUAAAGUAGAUUUAAAUACAUUUUGUAAAUUUAGAUAAAAUGUUUGUUUUCUGUCAGUUUUUCACACAAGAAGAAAAUGCAGUAUACAGUAUGAUUACAAUUUCAUUUUCACAUUGCAGUUGACAUCAUAUUGUUGUACCUGUGAUCAGAGUUGAUCUUUAGGUUGUAGUUGAGGGAUGAGAACAAUGGCUUUCUUUUUAUUCUUAGUUUUCUGUGUUUUUCCACACAGAAUUAAGUUUUAUCCCUAAAGCUCCAGAUGUGCACUCACACAGGAUACAUGUUUAUACAGCCCCAGCUUUGAUUAUGCAUAAACUAAACAUGUCCUGUCAUGCCCUGUGGUGGAUUCUCAAAUGGUGCCAGCAUAAAAGUCUAGUCAAUGCAUCUCAGUGGCAUUUUAGGAUGUUUGGUGGAUUCACUUAUACCGUAGGCAGUGCUCAAGGUUCACCUGUCUGCCCGGUAUACAAACACACAAUACCCACACACAGUGGGUAUUGUCCUUUUUUAACUUAUUUCUCCAUUGUGUUGCAUUAUAAAACUGAAAAAUGUAUUUUUAUCCCAAAAUACAAGUGGCCAUAUUUACAUAUACACUAACACUUCAAAACUUCAAUAACUGCAGCUAACAAACAAACAAACAAAAAAAUGUGUCAUUUCAUUGGACUCAUAUACGCUGUAUUUGUGCUGCAGCUAGAAUGCCGCCGGAAAAGUCACAUGAAAGCCACAGCUUUCAUGCAACAUGAUAGCUUUUUAGGGAAACAAUUGAUGUCACAUAGAUCCUGUAGAAAAGCAGGCGCAUAGAUACACAACAAGGCAUUUAUUCAAUAAUCACGGUAUGCAACAUUGCAUAAAAAUGGCCAAAUUAACAUAACAUUCUUCUGCUAUGCAUGUUAACAGCUUAAACAAAUUGGCUUCAAACCCUCAGUAUAGAUAAUAAUUUGAUUGUAUGUAUGUAAAUGACUGAGAUGUGCUGAAGGGACCUGAUAACAGACAGACUGAAAGCUGAAUAUUACAGUUUUGAAAAGACAACAUUUUUAAACAGCUUAGGGACUGUAUGAAAAUUAUUGGGGUGGGAAUGGGGGCUGAAUCUUAUUUUUAAUUUUAUAAAAAAGUAAGAUCCCACUGGGAUGAGAAAAAGUUAAAAGACCCUCACCUGCCCUCCCAAAAAAUGCGGUGGUGCAAAAAACAACAAUAUUUUUUGUACAGUCCCUAACUACAGCCCACAUAUGACGUACAUAUCAAUAUUAUUUUAAUAUUAUUAUUUAAACAAUAUUAUUUUUUCUCUGUUUGAAUUUUAAAACUUUGCAGGACUGUCUGCCAUUUCCUUUCCAUCUCAGUAUAACAUUAUUUAGCACUUUGAGUUGAUUAUAACCAAAUAAGAUCUCAUAUUAAUACAUUUUGAACCAAUGUGUAGCACAAAAUCUGUGAAAAAAGUCAAAGUGUAAAUACUUUUUUGGCAACUGAGCUUUUCUAUUACAACUGUAUAUUAUACUAUAGUAUAUACUACAGUAUACAAGUAGAAGGACAGAAACUAUAGUACAUACUGUAGUUUGUUUUCAGUUAACACAAUUCUAAUAUAAAGUGACACAUUACAAUGGUAUAUAAAAUAUACAGUAUACAUAUAAUGAUUAAUACUAUAUAGCCUAGAUAUCUAUAUACUCUUUUAUAAAGUGCCUCAUUUUUGAUUGUAGCUGUUUUUACACAGGUAAUCUUAAAAUGGGUUGUGAAAAUAGAAAAAAGUUGUUUCUCUCCUGAGUCUAAAUUACAAAUAUGUUGAACUUUACAGAAGACAGACCGGAAACUUAUACUGCUAUCAGUCAGCCAUAAUCAAAUUGCCUUACUGUGUUUAUCAGAAACAUUAAAAGAAAAUCACAUUUUUAUUUUUUGCAGUGCCUAACACUUCAGCCACAAUGUAAGCACUCACUUGCUCUUUUGUUUGGCUUCGUCAAACUGAGGUUUGGCCCAAAAAAAACAAACAAACAAACAAAAACAAAACAAAAAAAUACCAUCUCUUUCUCUUUCUCUCAGUAGUUUCACACCCUGGGACGUGUCCUCUUCAGGCCCUACUGUCCAGCCACUUGUUUACUUUAAAAGCUGACAGCCUGUUCAUGCCAAAUCACAUUUUUAAUUAUUGUCUGUAUUUUAAUUUUCCCUGUUUUACACCAAGAAGAAAUUAAUACAGUUGCCAGUGUAUUUAAUAUAUAUAAUAUAUUAUAUAUAUAUAAAAUAUAUAUAAAAUAUAUAAAAUAAGUUGUCCACUGAUAAAAUAGGAUCUUACUCAGUAUUAGACAGAAAAUAUAAAUAUAAUGAAUAUGUGCACUAAUUUACUUGCAGUAUAUUUUGAACCCCACAACAAACAUGAAAGGAGGUGAUUUUAACUCCUCAGAGCAGCCAGUACUGGUGGCUGACUGCUUAACUGGGCUAAAACAGUUUUAGAACGCUUGUGUAUUGCUCUUAUUAUUUGGAUGUGGAUUAUCUGGACGUGGAUUCAGUUCCCAGAAGGUGUGAAUAGUGCUACUUGUCUCUCUCACUCUCUCUUUUUCUCUCUACCCUCAAACAUGGGACUAAUCUAUGAGACGGUGCCAUUCCUGCUCACACUCAUUACUUUCUCAUUUAUUCCAUUUAUAACACUCUGCUGCUGUCAAACUAAUUGCCAAAAAAUACAAAGUCUUACAACAAUUCAGAGGUCUACUAUAAAGCUAAUUUGCAAAGAGUAGACACACAAAAUCAGUCAUAGAUCUGAUUUUAAAAAAAACCAACUCUCUUUUUCACUCGACAGCCACUAGGCCAAAAAAUAAGUUGGUAAAAUUUAAGUGGAGUCAAACUGUUUUUAAGCAGUGUUUUUCUUAAGGUAGUGUGACUUAUAGUUUAUGACUGGUUGCUUACUGUGUCCAGUGCUGCUGAUGGAGAGUUUGGCCAUGUAGUGACAUUAGUGAUACUGUACAUUGAAUCAGAAAGUGUUAAGAUAAAAAAUUGUCGACUGGAUAUGGUGUUGCAAUGCCAAACACUUCACUAAUGGCAGUGACCAAACUCUUUCAGUCCAGGGCUCUGGCUGUGUGUAUACAGGGUACAAAUGAAGAAGGCUUUCCUGAUGUAUUUUUGACACUGGUAGCUUUUCCCACAUUUAGAUUGAGUUUUUAUAUUUCACGGGGCUCUGGUUCUGUAACCUAAUCAUUUUGACCCUGUUGCAGAUAUUAAACGCUCAACUGCACUUGCACGCUGUUACACAUAAAAACUAAUUUGAGUGUUUUAAUUCUGGAGGUAAAGAGGUGCAGGUAUUCACUCUGCUCAGUCCAGAGGUUCCUCACUGGUGCCUGGUCAUUAAUCAAUUAUGUUUCUCAAUGCAUAGAUAGAAAUUCAAACCAGAUCCUGGAAAAACAAGUCUUCCACACAUUUCUUUAGUAUUCAGUUGGAGAUGGCCCCCAUUUCCAUUGCAAAUGACUUUUAUGAGUGAAUGGUGAUCUCACUUGUGACCUGUGACCAUGAUGCAGGGUUGAGGACCUCCGACACUAAACUGAUACAAAGUUUAAUUUCAAAAAUCUGGUUUUCACAAAUUUGUCCGGUACUUAUCAGGUACUGUUUUUAAUCCUAUGAAGUAAAACAUGUAUAUUGAUUGAGCACAGCCCACUACUGCCAACAGUUUGUGCUCAAUACUGAGAACUUUAUUUUCAAACUCUUGUAUAACAAAUCCAUACAAAUACAUGGACUAGUUCCACUUUUAUAACUUGUGUUACUCUUUUGCUGAAGUGAUCUUUUAUAAUAUCUUUGUCGUUCCUUCAGUGUAACUCUUCUAAUUGGGGAUUACCGAUUCUCUGACUGUACUUUAUAAUCUCAUUCGAGCAGACGUAACAGUUGGUAGUAAAGCCCCUUGGAGAGUCUGAGAAGGGUUCAGGACAUUACUGACGUACGAGGAGGAACGUAUAACAAAAAGCUGUGGAUUUGGGUAUAUAUCAUUUAAUGUAUUGUGCAUUCAAAACUACUUUUAACAACGUGAGACAGUCGUGCGAAAAUACUUCUCAUCUACGAAUCAUCAGAAGUAUUUUGGUUUAAUGAAAUGCAGUGUCAUCUCUUCAGAAUAUUUUGUAACAACAUGUUGAAAACGAGGCACAUAAAUUGCUCAUCAGACUCUAACUGUGGGAAAUGAUACUGUAUGUACAAUCAGGAUAGUGAUUAUAAUUACAAUGGAAAAGCAUUGUAUGUAUUUUAAAGCUAUUGAUACUACUUUGAUAAUGAUGUAAAAUGCAAAAAGACUGGACAGGAACUAUAGGUAUGUAAAGUAUACUGUGUAUAGAGGAGUUUGCUCCAGGGGAGGGAUGGGCAUGGGAUUCAUUCUGUUCAUGGCAAAAUUGUUUAAAACAGAAUAUUGAUGAUUCUUGUCUGUGAUGUAGACAACGUCAAUGUUUUUUUUUUUGAUAAAAGGCAAAGUGAUAUGAAAAAAGUAAAAA